GUGACCAAUGAGUUUCAGGGCCGGCUCUCUUCAUUGAAUGUGUGUGUUUGUUGGAGUUCCUCAGUGCAUCUGACUCUUUGGUGUCUCCUACAGAAGUAUCCGGAUUGGUUUUACACCCUGGCCGAGGAUCUACGGUUCCUCACAAUCUAGAUCCCGCUUGAACUUCUCAGAAGAUUUCACACUUCGUCUGAAAACUCUGAGGAGUCCUUAAUAAACCCCAAAGAGAGAAAUUUGUUGCCAGCCGCUUCUGUCACCAUGACAAGCACCACCAGUGACCAAAAGGCCGUCUCCUGCCCCCUGAUGGCCAAACCUCAUCGCCAGCGUCUGGUCAACAAGGGCGGGCGGAGCCUGAUGCAAGGCAGUGCCCCAGGCUACAGGGAGACAUGGUUGGGCGCCCUGCGGGACAUGUGGGGGACGUGGCUGGCGCUGCGGUGGCGAUGGGUGGUGCUGGCGUUCUGCGGCUCCUUCCUGCUUCACUGGCUGCUGUUUGCGGUGUUGUGGUACCUGCUCGCCCGUGUCAACGGGGACCUGGAUGUGCCCAACCACGACACCCCACCGCCCGGACACGUGCUGUGCGUCAAACACGUGACGGGCUUCUCCGCCGCCUUCUCUUUUGCUCUCGAGACGCAGCUGACCAUCGGGUACGGCACCAUGUACCCCAACGCUGACUGUCCAACCGCCAUAGCGCUGCUCGCCCUGCAGAUGCUGCUGGGACUCAUGCUGGAGGCCUUCAUCACCGGUGCAUUUGUGGCAAAGUUUUCCCGCUCUCAGAAGCGCUGUGACGGGAUCCUGUUCAGCCCUCAGGCCGUAGUGUGUGAGGUCAGAGGUCGGCGCUGUUUGAUGUUCCGUGUGUGUAACCUGCUUCCAAGGCCGCUGGUCGACGUGUACGUGAGCGCCGUUCUCUACGAAGAACGUGGCGAUCACGAACUCCACCAAACUGCAAUGGAAUUCAGCGUUGAUAACCUGGGGUCACGACCUUGCCCUCUUUUUCUGUCACCCUUGACCUUUUUUCACCCCCUAACUCCCUCCAGCUCCCUAAACAACGCCCCAACCAACCAAUCGCACUUUGAGUUAGUGGUGUUCCUGACCGCCUCUCAGGAGAGCACGGGUUCUGGCUACCACAAGAGGACGUCCUACCUGCCCGACGAGAUCCAGUACGGCAGCUGCUUCACCAGGGUGACGUCUCUGCACGGAAAAGGCCGGAACAAAACCCAAAGCAUGCGCUAUUUUGACAUGCAGCCCUGUCCGCUCACACUCCCCAACACACACACCACAGACACGCACACGCUGGAGAAAGAACACGUGGUGGUCCAGAUUAACGGGGAAGGCAGUGACCGGGUGGAGUAGCAGCGGUUAUGUUUUUAUGCAAGGGUGUAUAAAAAGUGUAUUUCAUUUUAUAACACAACCUCCAAUGUAUGACUUUUUUUUAUCCUAAAAGACAACCUCAGUUAGUUAUGAUCUGUUAUGUCACUCCGUCCCAAUAGGAAACCAUUUUUGCUGCUAUGGAAACAAUGAUUCACAUUCGCAUCCUUCAGUACUUCUGAACACACCAUGACAGAUGUGUAAGACCAUGUCUUCAUUUGGAAAUAUGAGGAAUCUCCAGUGAUUUAUUAUGAGAAUUUUUCACCCUGAAUCCACUGACGCCACACAACCAUCAUGUUUGAGCCCUUAUUUAUUUGGCACCUGGAUCAUUGCGUUA